AUGAGUGUGUGUGUGUGCAGGAGGAAUCUGUCGGUAGCGGUUGUGUGUGUUUAGCGGCGAGGUGUUCUCUACGAAAAUGGAAACGUUAAAUAAAUUAAAACAGUUUGACGCUUAUCCCAAAACUCUGGAGGAUUUCCGAGUGAAGACGUGGGGAGGAGCGACCGUGACGAUCAUCAGCGGGAUCAUCAUGCUGAUCCUGUUCGUCUCGGAGCUGCAGUAUUAUCUCACUAAAGAGGUUCACCCUGAGCUGUACGUGGACACGUCGCGAGGAGACAAACUGAAGAUCAACGUGGACGUCAUUUUCCCUCACAUGCCCUGCGCCUACCUCAGCAUCGAUGCGAUGGACGUGGCCGGCGAGCAGCAGCUGGACGUCGAACACAAUCUGUUCAAACAGCGGCUGGACAAAGACCUGAAACCUGUCACCAACGAGGCAGAAAAACACGACCUCGGUACGGCGGACGAUGGUGAAACGUUUGACCCGAGCUCACUGGACCCGAACAGAUGUGAGAGCUGCUACGGAGCGGAGACUGAAGACCUGAAAUGCUGUAACACGUGUGAUGACGUGCGGGAGGCGUACCGGCGGCGCGGCUGGGCCUUCAAGAACGCCGACACCAUCGUGCAGUGUAAGAGGGAGGGCUUCACGCAGAAGAUGCAGGAGCAGAAGAACGAGGGCUGCCAGGUGUACGGCUUCCUGGAGGUCAACAAGGUUGCAGGAAAUUUCCACUUUGCUCCAGGAAAGAGUUUCCAGCAGUCUCACGUCCACGUGCACGCUGUGGAAAUUCACGACCUGCAGAGUUUCGGCUUAGACAACAUCAACAUGACCCACCUGAUAAAGCACCUGUCGUUCGGGAAAGAUUACCCCGGCAUCGUGAACCCUCUGGACGACACCGACGUCAACGCGCCUCAAGCAUCGAUGAUGUACCAGUACUUUGUGAAAAUCGUUCCUACCAUCUACGUAAAAACUGACGGAGAGGUGGUAAAAACAAACCAGUUCUCCGUCACCAGACACGAGAAGGUGGCCAACGGGCUGAUAGGAGACCAGGGGCUGCCGGGGGUGUUUGUUUUAUACGAGCUGUCACCCAUGAUGGUGAAAUUCACAGAGAAACACAGAUCGUUCACACACUUCUUAACAGGAGUGUGUGCCAUCAUUGGAGGAGUAUUCACAGUGGCCGGUCUGAUCGACUCGCUCAUCUACCACUCGGCUCGGGUCAUCCAGAAGAAGAUAGAGCUGGGGAAAGCCUCCUAACAGCGCCCCCUGCUGGCCCCCACGGUGCAAAAACAAACAGACCGAAGAGACAUGACAGAAAAGACAGAACAGAGGGAGACAGAGAGGUUUGAAAUCCGCCACAUUUUCAAUUCCUCUGUCUCUCUGUCCGUUCUGGAAGAAGCUCUGGAGAGGAACUUUUUUGGGGGGGAUUUUUUGCUCUCCGGUUCAAAUUUAACAGAGGGUUUUUUGUGAUUGAACUCGAGCAAGGAAGGUGCUUCUUCUUCUUCACGGAGGACGGGAACUUCCCUCCCUUCCUUCUUUAACAUCCUGCUUCAGCGCCGCUCACAUCGUUAGAGGAUCCAGAGGGGUGAGGAAUAUGUCACCCAAAAUGAUUCAUUUUCCUCUCAUCUCCCACACGAUAAAGUGAAGAACGGCCACCAGUUGUGAGAAGUAGUUCCCUUCAAGGUUUUCUGUACACAAAAUACUUAAAAAGCAGCUGAUUUUCAUUGGUUUUCAGCUAAAUAGUGACACUGACAGGCAGAUAAAAGAAAUACGUCACCCCUAAAUCACUCCUUUUUCUAUCAGUCACUACUUUCAAAGUUAAAAGUGACAAGUUGUGAGGGGUUCACAAGACCUUUAUUUUGGGUGAAAUGUUCCUUUAAAGACAGAAAACCUUCAAAACCAGCUGAUUGUCUUUGAUGUUUAGCUAAAUUAUGACACUUUAAGGCAGAUUUAAAGGAACACGUCACCCCGAAAGCAUCAGUUUUCUCACCACUUACCUCCUCCUCGACACUUUUUACAAGUUGUGAGAAGUUGAUGAGGAAAAUGUUGGGUGACGUGUUCCUCGAGAGACUUUCUGCACAAAACAUCCCUCAAAACGGCUGAUUUUCUUUGAUUUUCAGCUGAAUAUCAUCAAUUACAGGCAGAUAAAACAAAUACUCCACCCUAAAUCAUUCAUUUCCUAUCAGUCUCUCCUAUCAAACUCCUCCACGCGUUAAAACUCAUUUCUCCAUGGAUCAGAACAAGUUCAAAAUGAAGAACAACCAACUAUUACAAUUGAGAGAAGCAGUUCCUUUAAAGACUUUUUGUACAAUAAAAAACGGCUUAUUCUCUUUGAUUUUGAGCGGAAUAUUAUCAAAUAGAGGCAGAUAAAAUAAAUACUUCACCCCGAAAUCAGUAAUUUUCCUAUCCGUAACAUGUAAAGCUCAUUUCUCCACGGAUGUGAGCAAGUUGUAAGAAGUUGAUACGAACAAUUUUUGGGUGAAAUGUUCCUUUAAAGAUAAAACCAGCUGAUUUUCUUAGAUUUUCAGCUGAAUAUCAACAUUUAGAGGCAGACAGAAGGAACACAUUUUUUCCCGUCAGCGGCUUCCUCUGUGCAACAGCAGAACGAUUUAUGAAAAAAAACCAACACGUUUUUGGGUCCAUGAGAUCUGAAUGAAUUCGGAAAGUCACGGUUGUGAAAUGUAGGGAUUUGUUUCGUGCAUCAUUAUUUUCCCAUGUUGGGUGACGUGUUCCUUUAAAGCCUUCUGCGCAAAAAAUCCCUCACAAAUAAUCAGAUCUCCUUUGAUUUUCUGCUCAACAACGACACUACAAGGCGGAUUUCUGACCUCAAACUUGAAUUAGAACCCACUCUGUGAAGGAUAACCGUUUUCCAUCCUGAGAGUCUGAAUGAUUUUAGUUUACAGCCACCAACACAGGUCCAAUAUAACAGAAACUAUGGAUUUAUUUAGCAGAGCUGCUCCUCAUCAGAUAAUCACUACUGUUUUAGUGCCAACUCUCCACUUUGACAUGAACUGUAUUCUUUCUCUCCAUAGUGUUACUGUCUUUUGGAAUCAUGCAUUUCUAAAAUCCUUCACACAGAGGCUUUAAAAUAAAGAGAUUUUAUUACAAAACGACUCGAUAUAAUCAGACGGCCUGCGGUGUGAAUGGAGUCAGUGUUUCAGCGGCAGUGAAGGACAAUAUGAAUCCCAUAAUAGUCUGAGAGCCUGUCUGCAGCUCAGAGAGUCCUGUUGUGAACCCGGACAUGUCGAGGACCCUAAAGUUUUAUGUUAGAAAUGUAUAGUAGGGGUCUCCAGCACAUAGAAACUGCCGGAUGCUAACCUGCAUAUGUUGGGCAAUUAGCUUAAUUAGCAUAAGUAGCUUUAAUUAGCAUCUGCAGAAAAUGGUGUAACGCAUUCUAGGCGCAUUUUGAGUGUUUUUUUUUUUAGGAUGUUGAAUCAAUUUCUGACAUGUUUAGGAUAAAAAAUGGCAGUUUUAAGUUCCCUAAAACCUUAAAAUUAACCCCAGGUUCAUCCAAAUGAGUUCCUGGGACUACAAAUAUGACCCCUUUCUGAUUAAAAAUCCCAUAUUUGAUCCUAAAAAUGUCAGAAAUGGAUUCAGCAUCCUUAAUAGCCUCCAGAACUGUCCAAAUCCACCAAGACUGUUUUAAACUACCCCAAAGUUUUAUGUUGGCACGGGUCCGGAGCACAUAAACACUGCCGGAUGCUAACCUGCACAUGUUGCGCAAUUUACACAAUUAGCAUAAUUAGCAUGAAUUAGCAUCAAUGCAGACACAGUAUUGGCAGAUUUGGACAGUUUUGCAGUGGUUUUGGGGGUUGUUGAGGAUGCUUUCUGACAUUUUUUUGAUCAAUUAAGGGAGUCUUAACCACAAAGUUUCCAUAUUUGUAGUCCCAGGAACUAAUUUUGAGGAACUUUGUGUGGAUUCAAGGUUUUAGUGGACUCAAAACUGCCCUUUUUCACCCAUAAAAUGUCAGAAAUUGAAUCAACAUCCUCCAAAAAGCACUCAGAAAUUGUCAUCAGCCAAUAUUUUGUUUAACUAUUGUGUGCAUGUGCUAAUUUAUGCACCUACCAACAUGUGCGGGUUAGCCUCCGGCAGUUUCUACAUGCUGGGGACCCCUACUAUACAUUUCGAUCAUAAAACGUUGGGAUAGUAUAAAACAGUCUUGGCGGAUUUGGACCGUUUGGAAGUUAUUUGAAAAUGUUUAAUCAAUUUCUGACAUUUUUAGGACCAGGUAUUGCAGUUUUAAUCAGUAAGUGGCCACAUGUGUAGUCCCAGGCACUGAUCGUCAUGAACAUUUGGUCGAUUUUUAAGUUAUAGGGGACUUCAACAUGUCAGAACUUGAUUCAACUCCCUCAAAAAACACUUGAAUAAUGUUUCUGCAUUGACGCUAAUUAACAAAACCUAUACUAAUUGCCCAACAUAUGCAGUUUAGCAUCCGGCAGUUUCUAUGUGCUGGAGACCCGUACUCUACAUUUCUAUCAUCAAACUUUGGGGUCCUCAACAUUUCUGGGUUCACACUGCUGGCUGGUAGACUCAUAGUUAAAAAGGAGGUCAUAAAACCACUUCAUUAUUUGAGUUUUGAGACCUACCACAAACAAGAGACAACCUACUCAGUUUUUUGGGGCCAACAGAACCCCUUUCUAAGCUGGCUCAUUAUGAAAUAUCUCCCUGCACUACGGAUCUCCACGUGGGCUUGGGAACUAAUUAGCCAUUUUCUCAUACAAGCCAAUUAAAGCAGUGUUUACUCUUAAAGGGGCAGGUGCCAAAACAGAGCAGAAGGGGAAUACAGCUGUAUUAAGACAGACAAUAUAAGAAUGGUGAAGUGUUUUUUGAACAUUAAAGCAGGUAAUCAUGUUGUGGUAGAAACCCAAAAGACACGAAAACCUACAAAUUAAAAAUCCUUUCCCCUUUUAAUUGAGAAAAUGCAAAUCCAGGCUCUAUUUUCAGGAAAUGUUGAUCAUUUUCAUGACUUUCUCACUACAUGGUCAUGGAAAUGUUUGAUUUGGGGAAUCAAAGUGUGUUUGGUAUUCAGUGUGUGUAAAUAUUGUACUGACACAUCACACACCCCUGAUGAGUGUUUCUGUUUUUAGAAAACACUUAAAUAUACUUUUGUUUUUGGGGGUUUAAGGGCUUUUACUUUUCUGCUUUGUUUCUUUGGAUGAUGGGAAACUGUUUGCCCGGUUAGACUGCCUUCAAUGUUUAUUUGGUUUGUGGGAUUUGGGCGUGUUAAAGGGUUAUAACCAGUGGUGGAAAGUACAUUUACUCAUCACUGCAUUUAAGUUCAGUUUAAUGCCACUUUAUACUAUUUCUCCACUACAUUUGAAACAGUAAAUAAUGCAUUUAACUCCACCUCAUUCAACAUAAAGCUCAAGUCAGCUUUCAGAGUAAGAUCUUUUACCUAUGUAGUGUCUCCCUCCGUUUAAAAGGCGUGUUUUAUUCUGAUCUUAAAGCUGUUGUAAUGACAGGGAGGUGGCAGGAAGCCCCCCCACCACAGAAGAAGACAGCGUUUAAUGACGGGUUUAUUCUCAUUUUAUUCCCCUCACACAUCUGGAGCCGCCAAAUGAGACCCAGAUGUUGUCACUCGCCUCUUUGUCUUUAUUCUUAGACUGGUAGACAGUUUGUGGGUUAAAAAAAAGGCUUUUAUUUUGAAAGGACAGCACUGGUGGUUUCACAUGUUUGUGGCCCAUUAACUACAACAGUUUAGACAGGAUCUGUACAAGAAAAAGGCUGAAUAUAAAAUAAAUAAAACCAGAACCAGGAUAUAAAUACCUUCCUGUCGGCUGGAAGAUUUACAUUUUCUUUAAUGUGCGUUUAUUGAGAAAGCUUUUGAAUCUGUGAUGAAAUGUGAUCAUGAGAGUCUCUGACGGCCGUUUGUUGCACCUUUUAACAUCUAAAUAAUCAGUGACAGGGGUGUGUGUGUGUGUGUGUGUGUGUGUGUGUGUGUGUGUGUGUGUGUGUGUGUGUGUGUGUGUGUGUGUGUGUGUGAGUGAGAGAGAGAGAGAUGUAUUUAUAUUUUGAUUGUCCUCAAACAGUUUUUAAAAUGACAGAUAAUAAAUGUUGAAUACACCAGCUGCUGCUUUAA